AAUGCUUGUUAAUACCAUAUUGAUGCUGGUGUAUGUUACUAAGUUUUUUUGGUGGGAAGCUGGAUACUGGAGCACAAUGGAUAUUGCACAUGAUCGAGCUGGUUUUUAUAUUUGCUGGGGAUGCCUUGUAUGGGUGCCUUCUAUAUAUACUUCUCCUGGCAUGUACCUGGUCAAUCAUCCCGUACACCUUGGAACUCAGUUGGCACUCUACAUCCUAGUAGCAGGCAUUCUUUGCAUAUACAUCAACUACGACUGUGAUAGGCAAAGGCAAGAGUUUCGCAGAACAAAUGGCAAAGCUUUGGUUUGGGGUAAAGCUCCAUCAAAGAUAACUGCCACUUACACUACCACAACUGGGGAAACAAAAAGCAGCAUUCUUUUAACUUCGGGAUGGUAUGGAAAAUACUGGAAAUCGUACUGCGAGAAGGUUCGGUACAGGGUCAUCCCCGGAAUUUACUGAGAAAAUGUUGCACAAGUGUUUGUUCUAUGUUGAGAAUGGCAUGUAUAUUCAGCCUUUCCAAAUUAAAUGAUGGCAGGCUGGUAUCAUGUUGUUGUUAUUGUUGUUUUUGUAAUGGUCAACUUUAUGGAUGCUGUAUUUCUCUCAUCUUCAAUGAACAAAAACUUUUCUUGUUUAGGAAAAUUACUAUAAAGUUUUGUUUCUAUUUUUCAUUUUUGAAGUAAAAAUUGUUCAAGAUUAUAAAACUUUAUUAUGUUAUGCUUUCAAACUUAAGUUAGAACUAA